AUGUUUAUUUUUGUUCUUCUUUCAUUGCUUAUCUUUUCAAUCGAUGCAUCUGUUCGCGUCAUAGAUGAUUGUCAAUUAGUAAUUGUUGGUGGAUCAACUGCAGCAUUAGGUGCAGUUCUUUCUGCUUCAAAAUUACUUGAUAAACACGUAUGUUUAAUUGAACCAACAGAUUGGGCUGGCGGACAAAUGACAAGUGAAUUAUUAAGUGCACCUGAUUUUGCUGGUUAUAAAUUAACAGAUAGUAGUGGAUUUACACUUGAUGUUGGAGCUAUUAAUUUUCAAUUAGAAAAUCGAAAUCCUUUAUUUACGAAAAUGCUAAAUAUACUUGGAAAUACUGGUCUUUGUUCUGUAUCACCUAUUUGUUCUAUACCUAAUCAAUUUCAUGCUCAAGUUGUGUUACCUUUAAUAAAAAAUCUUCGAAUCUUUUAUAACACUGUUAUUAAACAUAUUGAUAGAGAUAAAAGUGAUCGUCGUAUUAUAAAAAUAGAUGCUAUUCAAAGAACUUCAAAUGAAAAACAAAAUCGAUGUCGAUUAUUAUCCGAAGAAUUAACUGAUUGGUAUUUAUAUGAUAAUAGUUCAUGGUUUAAUAAAACUAAAUUAUCAUUUAUUAACAUGUCAUAUGUUAUUGAAGGAAGUUCAUGGGGUGAAGUAUUAGUUUUAUCUAAUGCAAGUUUUCUUCAAGGUAUUAUGGAAGAAUUUGAUGGUGAUAUAUCUGGUAAUGGAAAUUGGUCAUGUGGUCAAAUGUUUACUAUAGAUUUUCUUGAACAACUUCGAGAAAAACCUACAGAUGAACCAUCUAAUCCGUUACCUGAACCAAGUGGUGGUGGUCAAUAUUCAUUAUUAGGUCGUCCAUGGGAACGUGCAUGGACUUAUCGACGUGUUAAUACAUCAUCAACUGAUAUAAAUAUUAUUGCUAUUAAUGAUACAAUUAUUCAAAAUCGUGUGAGAGGAAAUGAUUAUGGAAGAAAAUUUUUUUUCUUAUCACCAACUGAAGCAAAACGUCAUCGUGAUAUUGGUAUAUGGAGAGGUGGAGUUAGUUUAGAAGCAUUAAAAGGCGGUGAAGAACAAUCAUAUGGUUGGCAUUAUUGGUUUCGUGCAAAUGCACCAAUCGAAUGGGCUAAUCGAACUAUUUUCAUUAAUUCAUCAUCAUGGACAGGUACUUGUCAUGGUUUAGCUAAAAUGCCUUAUUUACGUGAAUCACGUCGUUCAAUUGGAAUAAAUAAUUUUCUUAUGAAUAUUUCAACAAUAAAUGGAAGUGCAUCUGAUUUACACGGAUAUAUAUAUCAUGAUCGUAUAUGUCUUGGUGCAUAUGAUGUUGAUAUUCAUAGAAUGAAAUUAUGUCAGUAUCCUUCAUAUAUUCGACAAAAUUAUUCUAUUCUUCCAUAUUAUAUUCCUUUACGUGCAAUGACAAAUCGAGAUAUUGAUAAUUUAAUUGUUAUUGGUAAAACAAUGGCACAGACAUUUCUUGUUAAUGCAGCGACACGUUUACAUCCAGUUGAAUUUUCUAAUGGUCAAGCAGGUGGUGUAGUGGCAAGUUAUGCAAUUCUAAAUAACUUAGAUAGAGUCGAUCAGAUGCUUGAAGAACAGCAUCUCACACGUUUGCAAGCAUUAAUUAAAACAUUUACACCAAUAUCAUGGACGAUUAAUGGUACUCGUUAUCCUAAUGAUUAA